GUGUCCAGUCACUGAGUAGAGCCCAACUAGUGAAUCUUCAUCUCCCUGGGAAAAGUGGCAGUGAGGCGAACAGGAUGGCCUGGUGGAAAGCCUGGAUUGAACAGGAGGGUGUCACUGUGAAGGGCAGUUCUCACUUCAACCCAGACCCUGAUGCAGAGACCCUCUACAAAGCCAUGAAGGGGAUUGGAACCAAUGAGCAGGCCAUCAUAGACGUGCUCACCAAGAGAAGCAAUGUGCAGAGGCAGCAGAUUGCCAAGUCCUUCAAGGCUCAAUUUGGCAAGGACCUCACUGAGACCUUAAAGUCAGAGCUGAGUGGCAAAUUUGAGAGACUCAUCGUGGCCCUCAUGUACCCGCCAUACAGAUACGAGGCCAAGGAACUGCAUGACGCCAUGAAGGGCUUAGGAACUAAAGAAGGGGUCAUCAUUGAGAUUCUGGCUUCUCGGACCAAGAACCAGCUGAAAGAGAUAAUGAAGGCCUAUGAGGAAGACUACGGGACUAACCUGGAAGAAGACAUCCAAGCAGACACAAGUGGCUAUCUGGAGCGGAUUCUAGUGUGCCUCCUUCAGGGCAGCAGAGACGACGUGAGCGGCUUUGUGGACCCAGGACUGGCCCUCCAAGAUGCACAGGAUCUGUAUGCAGCGGGUGAGAAGAUUCACGGAACUGAUGAGAUGAAAUUCAUCACCAUUCUGUGUACACGCAGUGCCACUCACCUGAUGCGAGUGUUCGAGGAAUAUGAAAAAAUUGCCAAUAAGAGCAUUGAGGAUAGCAUCAAGAGCGAGACCCAUGGUUCCCUGGAGGAGGCCAUGCUCACUGUGGUGAAAUGCACUCGGAACCUCCACAGCUACUUUGCUGAGAGACUCCACUACGCCAUGAAGGGAGCAGGGACACGUGAUGGGACACUGAUAAGGAACAUCGUCUCAAGGAGUGAGAUUGAUCUAAACCUUAUCAAGGGUCAGUUCCAGAAGAUGUAUGGCAAGACUCUGAGCAGCAUGAUCAUGAAUGACACCAGUGGCGACUACAAGAAUGCCCUGCUGAACCUUGUGGGCAGUGACCCCUGAAGACAUCAAAAGAGCAAGGGCAAGAAGAGUGAGCCGUAGGCCCAGCUGCUUCAGCCCUGACCCUGGGUGGGGUGGGGGGAACACCUCACCCAGCCUGUAGUCUCUGUCCCCCAUUUUCCAGUGCUUUCACCCAAUGCUCCUGACCCACAAGGUGAGCCCAGCCUGGGUUCGUCCUUCCACCUCUCCCCUGGGUCGUCUCUAGGUAUUGCAAAGCCCACCCUAGCCUUACAUCUGACCAAACAGAAAUGUCAGAAGGAAGGAACCAGCAGGAGCCUGCGGGUCAUUCCUUCCUCCUACAAAAGCCCCUGGGUGCAGGUUACACAGGUGCCUGGGCUCUGAUCCAUUUGCUGAAUCAGGGUCUUUGAGAAGCCAACAAACAUGGAUUUCCAUCAGGUGUCUCAGUGGCUGAGCUUCUUCAUCAGGCAGCCAGUGGGAGUGCCGGAAAGUAACACAGCCAGGGCAACUGAGAAAGACCCGUGUCUCUGGCAUUUGGGGUGUCUGUAACACUUAUUACCAGAAUUGUUAGGUUGCAGGUGGAUGAAAAUUCUUACACCAUCCUAAUAACAAUAAUUAGAGUAGACAAUAAACCAGUCCUGACCCAAGUCCACUGUGGACUGGGAGACUUAGGCUUGUCCAGGUGUUGACCAAAUCAGCCACUCGUUCCCUCCGUGGCAAAGCUUGCAGAGCAGGAAGGCCCCCAACCCUGGAGCAUAAACCUUGUCCUCCUCCUGUGGUCCCUAAGCCUGAAGAAGCUGAGAAAACUCUUCCUAAUAUUCGUUGAGCUUUCAGAAUCAUAAAUAUUUGUACUUUCAAAAA